ACAACAAACAAACCCCACCACCGACACUAACCACCUCUCCCUCCCCUCUUUCUCUCUCUAGAUUCUCCUUUGCCGGCGACUCUACCAACAAUGCCUUCACAGCCCUCCAUUUCUAUGUCCCAUAUAUAAAGCCUUCAUGCCUCACUCAAUAUUCCACUGAUCACCUUCUUCUUCUUCUUCUUCUUCUUCUUCUUCUUCUUCAUCAUCAUCGGACAGCUGAGUUUUCGUUUUUCGAAUUUUGUGGUCGCCGGAGCAAUGCUUGACCUGAACCUGAGCGUGGCGUCCUCCGACACGGCGUCGGAUUCCGCCGAGAAGCUUCUCGAAAGCUCCUUCAGCUUCGACGACGACUACUACUGCUCCUCCUCCUCCGACGUCGAUCGCGUUCGGACGAUCGACCUCUUCCCGAUCACCGGAGGAGGUCCGUCGGAGAAGGAGAAGAAUUCUUCCUCGUCGUCGCGGAGGGAGUGGCUAGGGUUGUCGACGAAUGCGACGGCGUCGUUCUGCGAGGGGAGUUUCGGAGGUCCGACGCCGGCGGCUGUGGCGGCUCCGCAACCGGCGGCGAUGAAAAAGAGCCGGCGAGGACCGAGGUCGCGGAGCUCGCAGUACCGAGGCGUCACGUUUUAUCGAAGGACGGGACGAUGGGAAUCUCACAUCUGGGAUUGUGGGAAGCAGGUGUACUUGGGCGGAUUUGACACUGCCCAUGCUGCUGCUAGAGCUUAUGAUCGAGCUGCUAUAAAGUUCCGUGGACUUGAAGCCGAUAUAAACUUCAAUAUCAGUGAUUAUGAAGAAGAUAUCAAGCAUAUGAGCAACUUCAGCAAGGAAGAGUUUGUGCAUAUCUUGCGUCGACAAAGCACCGGAUUCUCCAGAGGAAGCUCCAAGUACAGAGGAGUGACGCUGCACAAAUGUGGACGAUGGGAAGCUCGCAUGGGCCAGUUCAUGGGCAAAAAAUAUGUUUAUCUGGGGCUAUUUGAUAGCGAGAUUGAAGCUGCAAGGGCAUAUGACAAGGCUGCCAUGAAAUGCAAUGGAAGAGAAGCAGUCACUAAUUUUGAGCCAGCCCUGUAUGAUGUCGAGAUGAUGUCUGAGGCCGAGUGUGAAGGUGGCAACCAAAAUCUAGACCUUAACUUGGGUAUUGCGCCGCUUUCUCUUUCCAAUGGCCCAAAGGAGAAUGUUGAAACAAGUGGCUUUUACUUGGAGCAGGUUCAUAUGAGAGAAAGGAUUGAGAACUUUUCCACCGCAAGGGCCAAAAUGCCUCAUGGCUCUAGAAUUGCAUCCGAGCAUUGUUCUAUCAUCGGUGGCAUGAACGCCAGUUUCUUUCCAAAUGAUAUGGAAAGAGCAACAGAGAGGGGAGUGGAUGUUGAUUCUUUGCCAAAUUGGGCAUGGCAAAUCCAAGGCAGAGCAGCUGCUCCUCCAGUGCCGGCGCCGCUCUUCUGUACUGCAGCAUCAUCAGGAUUCCCUUCACCGUCAGCCACUUCACUUCCGUCAUCAGCCGCCAAUAGUCAGCUCCACUUUCCGAACCUGCCGAUCCUCCAUCACCAUUUUCCACCAUCAAUUGCGAACACCACCAACUUGCCGCAUUUCUAUUGCAGAAGCUGAAACCACUAACCACUUUUGAGGUAUGAAGCAUGUUAGUGCGAACUUGACAUCUUUGUAGUCUAACAAGGAUAAAGAAACAUUCCUAAUUUGAUUUUGUUCGCUCGUGAAGAUUUGUAUGGCUAAUAUUUUCUUCAUGUAAAGCCUUGUCAAACUUGGAUACCUUUUUUUUGUGGCAUCAGAAAGUUCAAAUGAUGCUCCUUUUGAAUGCUUUUGACUUUGAGAUUUUUCUUGUGGUUGGUACCCAUGUCCAUUGAGGCAAU